GAGACAGACUGACCGCUGCCUCUCCACAGAAGGCGAACAGAACCAGCGGAGUACCCAUAGACUGUAUAUGAUGUUCCCAUAGACUGUAUAUGAUGUGACACGGCGCUGUAUGUGGAUCAGUAGAUGUUAACAGGUCCGCUCCGACUAUUUGGGUGGAGACGGUGUAAAGUGGAGUCAUGACUAGUCAAUUUGAAAGGCUGUAGAGGAUCGUGAGUGAACAUGCCUCUGAUACCAGUUUUGCCCGAGAACCACAGUCAUGUACUGGCGGAAUUUGACUGCCUCGAUCCACUUCUGUCUGCUCUCCGUUUAGAUUCUGGAAGGCUCAAGUGUACCUGUUUGGCAGUGUCACGGAAGUGGCUUGCAUUAGGAACAUCAGCAGGAGGGUUGCACCUGAUCCAGAAGGAAGGCUGGAAACAAAGACUCAUCCUCACGCACAAGGAGGGAUCUAUCACUCAGGUGGCGUGUUGCCCUCAUGAUGAAGACUUCAUCGCUGUUGCCACAAGUCAGGGUCUGGUGGUGGUGUGGGAGCUGCAGCUGGAGCGGCGGGGUCGUCCAGAGAGAGUCAGUGUGUCCUGGGAGCACAGAGGUCAGGCCAUCACUGCACUCUGCUGGGACACCAGCAUUCUCAGGGUUUACGUUGGUGACACUGGAGGCAAGGUGUCCUAUCUUCGUGCAGGAUCCUCCAAGCUGGGCAAGGGUUCUGCAUUUGUCAUCUUCCCUGUUCAGACCGUCACCACAGUAGACUCCAGAGUGGUUCAGCUCGGGUACCAAGAUGGCCGCCUGCUGGUGUCUUCCCUGAGCCGCUGCUACCUCUGUGACACAGAGAGGGAGAAGUUCUGGCGAGUUGGAAGUAAAGAGCGUGAAGGGGAGUAUGGAGCAUGUUUUUUCCCUCAGAACAAGGGAUUAUUAGUUGGUCAGCCCCCACUGCUGUACUCUGCCCGCCCGGGGUCCCGAAUAUGGGAGGCCAGUUUUAAUGGCGAGGUUCUGAGCACUCAUCAGUUCAAACAGCCACUGGCCUGUCCUCCUCUACCUCUCAUCACUUACAGAGAGGAGCCACGUUACAAUCCACAGCAGAAGAGCGCCCAGUCAAUUGCCUUUCCUAAACUGCUUUAUUUUGGAGACCAAAACUUGCUGACCUGGACUGAUUCAGCCAUCUAUGUCUUCACACCUCAGAACGGACAGGUGCUUCUGUGGACUGAAGUCAAAGACUUGGUUGAUAUUGCAGUGUACCGCAACGAGCUCUUCUGCCUUCAUGGCAGCGGCCGCCUGUCCCACCUCUCCCUGUUAUCUGCUGAGCGCUGUGUUGAGCGUUUACUGCGGAGGGAGUCCUGGCCUCUCGCUGCUGUGGUCUGCUGUAUGUUCCAGCACACAAUCACCACCAGCAGGGCCAGGAAAUCAAUUCCCAUUGACCGCCUCGAGCAUCUGAAGUCCCAGCUCAGCUCCAGCACACACCAGGAACUGAUUGGUCAGCUGGAGGAAGUCAUCACUAAACUAGAGCCACUGGACUCCGCCUCCAGCAGCCGCAGAAGUAGCAUCUCCUCACAUGAGAGCUUCAAUGUCCUGGACUGUGGGAUCUAUCGUGUGAUCAGCCGCAGAGGAAGUCAGUCAGACGAGGAGACAAGCUCCCUCAUCAAUCAGUCCAUGUCAGAGGAGGAGCGGCUCAAAGAGUUCAGUUUUGUGCAGGAGGAUGAGCAGGUGGAUCACGAUCCACAGAGCAGCGAGCGUUUGGAGGCUGAGCGAUCUGAGCAAGGCCUGCCGUUUCAUCUUCCCAUCUCAUUCCGCACCAAACCCCCUCGCAUCGCACUGCAGGCCGUCAAAGACAGUGUUUCUAGUUUUGUUAAGAAGACAACAGAGAAAAUCAACACCCUGCAGAUGAACUCCGAGCUCUGGCAACGUCCUGAAUUCAGAGACGGCGGACAGGCCGAUAUGUCAGCUCCAUACUCAGAGGAAAUGGACAAUGAAGUUUAUGAUGAAAUGCCCAAGGCAGAGGCCGACAUGCAGGAACUUCGAUCAGCAACAGAGCGAGCUAUGUCCCAGAUGCAAGAUCCUUUGGCGCUACUGGACCCAGUCUGCCUGGGAGAAACUCUGCUGGAGUGGCUGGUGGUGCUGGAGCGAAUACUCGGACCUGUGGAGAACGGAUCGACUGUUCCAGGUCCCUCAAAUGUGAAUGGACCAGAAGAGGAGCAGUGGGAUAAUCAAAACUCCUGUUCAGAGCAGCAAGAGGAAUCUACAUUUUCAUCAGGAGAACCAACAGAGAGCGUCACAGAGGAGAAGAAAGAAGAACCUCCUGAGCUCAGAGAAAAAGAGGAGCAGUGUGACUCCACUGAGAAGGAGCCAAAUGGGAGCCCUCCAGAUCCUGUUCGAGUGGUGUCUCCCAAACCUGUACCAUCAGAUCUCCUGGCUAAUCUCUCCCAGCUGGCAACGCUGUACACAGAGCUGAGCUGCUUUAGAAACCAGGAGAAAGAACAAGCAUUGGAGUGCACAACUUUCCUGCGCCGCUACUUCUUUCUGCUGGACCAAGAGCGUGUGAGGAAAAUGUGUCUGCUGUGUUAUCAGACGCUGCCAGAGGUUCAGCGCUCCUUCACUGAGGCCAUGCUAGAUCUCACUCAGUCCAGUAAGCUGGUGGAGGUAAUUCAGAGAGGUGAUUUACUGAGAUCACUGCGCAGUCUGAGAGAGCAGCCCUGGAGCGCACCUCUUCUCCUCGCUCAUUUACACAGGCUGUAUGAGAAGCACGGGGAGGCGGCUGUACGCUCGUUUACGCAGUUCUAUCCUACAAUAACUCCUGCUGAUGUCAUGACCAUGGCUGAGCAAAGCCACUUCCUGGCAUACCUGGAUAAUCUGGUCCAAUCACAAACUGAAGGGCACAGGUUGUCAUUUUUGCAGUCCCUUCUUGAACCAGAAUCACUAAGACAGGAUUGGCUGGAGCUGGCACUUACCCACGAUGCCCCUCAACGCUGUGAUACCCUGACCCCUGAUGGACAGCCAAGGUGGCAUUCUCACUGUUUCAGCUGGGGUUAUGGACGCCUCCUGUCUCUCCUCAUUCGUCUUCCUGCAGACCUGUCCUCAAAGCAGAAGAUGGCAGAGACGUGCCGCAGUCAUGGGUAUUGGAUGGGCUACAUCCACCUCUGCUGUGAGCUGCGACGCCGCACAGAAGCGUUUUCCACCAUCUGUAAACUGGAUGACAUCAGUCUGCUGGAGGAAGAUGAUGGUGUUGAGCCUCAGACAUUGGAAGAGUGGAAGCUCUUGAUCCAGUUAUCUCAGCAGUGCAGCAGUGCGGUAGACUCGCAGCAGGUCAGCGGUGUGAACGGGAGCAGCUUAUCCAACGGCUCGGCAGAUUGCGGUGGAAAGAUCAGCCCAGAGAACCUGACCCUGAUGCUGGCUCGGACAGCCGGGCCCGAUCGCGCCUUGGCCGUCCUGGAGGAUUGUGGCGUGCAGCUGGUCCUUUCACCUCACUCCACACUGGUCUGUGAGCUGCUGAAAGUCACUGAGAAGAGGCAGAGAGCGAUGAUCCAGAUGAUGCUGGAGCGAUGUGAUCGGUUCCUGUGGUCUCAGCACGCCUAACUAAAGAUCAGCUUCAGCUUCAAGAUAACUAACACUUUAUGUAAAUCUGCCCAGCAACUGCUGCUGAAACUUAAUUUAUGCACAGUAAUAUAUGUCAAAGCUAAAUGAAGAUGUUUAUCCUCCCAGUGGAAGCAGUAUUAUCUUUUUAACUUUAACCUAACAUUUGUUUUGCUAGGACAUUUUUUUUAGCUUGUACAGCUAAUUAAGUAUCACUAUGACAAAUGAUAAACAAUUGGAGUGAAAUGUUCUUAUCCGGUAAUAAUAUGUAAAUAAAAGCUGCCUGUAUUUAA